AUGAACCGAUUCCCUCAGCCGGUACUCCAAGUUCGUGAUCCAAGGAAUUUAUCUAGCCGUUCCGAACUCAACGAGCUCAAGAAAUUCCUUGGGACAACUCAACCCCAAACGGACUUAAACCUUGUCAAUGAGGUCACCCGAAAGCCUGUAAGGAAGAAGAGUAUAUUCGGCAUUGGAAGGAAGGAGAUAGACCUCAUGAAACCAACUGGAGAGAUUAAGUCAACAUCUAAUGUCAUUUCGGAUAAAUUGACGACUCGUAGACUUGUCAAUGGGAGGGAGAUCAUGUAUCCUUUAUCCCCAUCGUCGAGCGCGUCUGAUUUCUAUGUCACUCCAACGAGCGGAAAGCCAACCCAUCCAAAGCGCUCCUUUUCAUACCUAGAAAGUGUUCCUCAGGCUAUUUCACUCGAUUCACAACUUUCCUCAUCAGCCCAAGGCUUUCGCCCGAGCCUAUUGAGAGGUCACUCUGAGCAGUCAACUUUCAAUACGACAUGGAAUCCUUUAAAUACCCGCGAAUCAAACUCACCUCCAUUAACUCGUGUCAUCAAAAGGAAGGAUGAACUCGGUACCGACCUCAUAUCCUUACCGCCCAUUGCUACGGCGCAAGAAGCAAACUCAAAGCCUAUGCCUCCCGAUGACAGAACCACUGUCCACGCCAUCACUAUAGUGGGUACGACUCACGACCGUUCACUCUCAGUGUCAAUGUCGAGUCAACCAAACUGUAGCCGACUGUCGCAAAGCUCUGCGACACAAGACCAUACCUCAAGCGUUGUACAGGCUUGCCUGAUCACAAGAGAAAAGGUGGACGCGUCUGUUCAGACAGAUCCUAUCGAGGUUCCUCAGCCCUUAACAUCACAACACGCAAGCUUCAGAGCCAGAGAAUCAUUUUGUCCACCUACCCCUCCAAUAAGCUCUGAAUCUUUGCCAAACCCGCUCGAAAAAGUCUGUGUUUGUCGCCCUCCGAGUAUGCACAAGACAAAACGACGCAAAAGGCGAAAAACGAUAGCGGAGUCUACGCUACACAAUACACCGCUUCCAAUCCUCAGUUCCUCAAACGAACUCUCAGAGAUAACUGAAUUGGAAGAGAUGGUGAACAAGGAUAAAGCCUUUGGACAACUUCUCGCCAUUUACAAACAUCAAAAAUAUCUCAGAGAUGCAGAAGAGGGCCUGAACCAGCAAAAAGUAGCCGAUCUUACCGCUAGUAUCAUCAGCCAUAAAAUGGAAAACUUAAGGCUUCUAGAAAUGCUUCAUGGAAAAGGUAUUUCGUUGCAAGACAUCCAGGAGGGUGCCACGGUUGCUCACGAACUCUACCUUUCUCCACAAGAACAACCCCUCGACCCCUCGGAUAUGCACAGUUCCGAACUCGAUAUAUCUCGUUUUACGAUGCUAAGGAAGGUGGAUCAGCUUGGACGAAUGCGGCAAUUCCGCCAUCCACAAGAUGAUCUUGAAUCACCACUUUCCCAGAGUUGGAAAAACGAGAUGAUAUAUAAUAACGAUGAAAUCAGGGACACAAGGUCUGAGAGAGGCUGUUUAAACAACUCUAAUAUGUCAAAUUCCCCCGGCCCUCCUGAUACCUCCCAACCACCUAUCGCAGGAGACUCGCUUUGCGAUCCCUAUUCACAUGCGGAUGACAUCGACCAGAAGAUGAAAAGUCUAGAAAUAGCGUUUAUAUCUUCGCAAAGCAGAGGGAGCAGUUUAUCGACCAUAAGCAUCAAUGCCAAUCCUCCGACAAUGGUACACGAUGACUCAAUGAAUUCCAGAAACACGGAAGCAGAUAUUCACCGGUCCGUAUCUGAACGUGAUGGAAUUUCUCCCAAUCCGAAUCCCCUGUCCGGUUUCCUACAUAACCCUAGUAUUUCCUUCUGGUCAACGCCAGGAACUGAAUGCCAGACCAAAAAUAUACUACAGAAUGGCCUUCAUAAUACGGGAAGCACUUCACAUCUUCGGACUAGGUCUGAGUCCGAUAUUGAGCAUCUGCUUUCCCGGGCGACUGACAAGUCAGGAAACCCAUACAGGGAAACGGAUAGUUGUGCCGGAGACAACUAUUCACCUGACACAGUCAAGAAAUCUGGGGACCUUGGUUUUGUCUCAUUUGCCAUGAACAACUCUUGGGGUUCACUGCUAGGAGAAUUGAUGCAUUAUUCUGGUGGAAACUUACAACAACCCGUCACUCAAGAUUUUGAGAGGGGACUUGGACUACACCAGGGAUGA